UGGUGUCCCAUCAUCUCUCCAUUAUGCUGAAUGUUAAUCAUAUGCACAAUUGUAGCUUAAAUGAGUGUUAGAAAUGUAAAGACAAACAGGUGUUUCCGAACUCUGUCUGCAAACCGUAGUGUUUAGCAUCCAGUGUCUUUUUAAAAUCUCUUAUCUCCAGAUUUCGUGGUAUAGCUCAAUGGAAGUUGCUCGCUGCGUCUUGUACAGUGAAUCAUGCACUGAAUCAUGCCGCUGCAAAUUAAAGUGCGCCAGCUCAUCAAGUGAAAACCCGUUCAAGCAACAGGAUAUUUUUUAUUGCAGGAGUAGGCUCUCCGCUGGAAUAUUAUAGAAACUCCAAAGUUCAUCAGAGGGAGAGAAAGAGAAAGAGAGCGCUGAGGAGAGAGUGGGGGGAAGGAGGCAGACGUUUUUCUUCGCAUUCCCAACCUCUGCCCCUCCAAUCUUUUUCUGAUUUUCACCCGGAAUACACGCUGGAAUACGAGGAUUUUCUUUGAGAUGCAUCUCUACAUCAAUGGCAAAUGCUGACACUUGGGGUUUACAACAAAAUGGACAGUAGACCGUGGAUAAACUGACUAGGGCUAGUGAAGGAAUACACAUUUUCCAGAGUGAAAAUCAACUUGUCAUUAUCCAUUUAGUGUAAACACACUGAUUAAAACCUGCCGUUCCACACAUGCCUUGGUGCUCCAAAAUGUGACAGGAUCUAGAGGUGUCCAUCUCACCUAACAUGAUGGAAUCUAGUCUGUCACCUUCAACAGACCCUCAACACCACAAUGCCAGCAGCUAUGUAAACUUCAGCAACAGCAGCUGGAGUGGACUCCGUGAUGGUGACUCAUUGAGGAACAAUCAAACCCUGACCUUCCACGAUCGCAUCAACAGCGCCCUGCUGGGAGUUUUCUUGGGAUUCCUUUCCCUUCUCACCAUCAUAAUGAACCUGCUCGUACUGUAUGCUGUGAAGAGAGAGAAGAGCCUCCACACUGUAGGGAACCUCUAUAUAGUUAGCCUGUCUGUGGCGGAUCUCAUUGUAGGGACCACGGUUAUGCCUUUGAACUUGGUAUAUUUGCUGGAGGAUGAAUGGAAGCUGGGGCGGGCUGUCUGCCAAUUUUGGCUGAUUAUGGACUACGUGGCAAGCACAGCCUCAAUUUUCAGCUUGUUUAUCCUCUGUUUGGAUCGGUACCGCUCAGUGAGACAGCCGCUUAAGUACCUAAAAUAUCGAACACGGGGAAAAGCCAGUGUGAUGAUUUCUGGAGCCUGGCUGCUGUCCAUGAUGUGGAUUAUUCCUAUUUUAGGAUGGAGGUCUUUCACACAUGUGGACCUCAAACCUGAAGAGGAAAAUAAGUGUGACACAGAUUUUCGUUUUGUCACGUGGUUUAAGGUCAUUACCGCAGUCUUCAACUUCUACGUACCCUCUGUUUUGAUGUUGUGGUUUUACACAUAUAUCUAUUUGGCAGUAAGACAACAUCUACGGGACAGAGAGAGAAUCAUUCAUCCAACUGAUUCGUUUGGGGAAAACGACAAUGGACAAAAUCCUCAAACCCCUGUGAAAAAUGACUCCAAGUCACCUAAGAGGGAAAGUGAGGUUCUAAUGAAAGGAUCAAAAACAGAAAAACUGCUAGACCGGAAUACUCUCGAACAGACAGAUCCCCUUGAAGACGCUGAUAAAAACAGUAAAACUGCUCUAUCGAGAGCGCACAGAAAAAUUGGUGUGAAGUGCCAGCAGACGUCAUUGCUUGCCAUGACAACAAAAGGACUCAGAAUGGCACGAAAGACUAAAAGGUGCUCUUUGUCUCCUGAGGAGAAGCAACCAGACUGCGAGGUUCCCCAGAGCCAGCCAUCGGCACCACAGGACGGGAUUUGCUCAGGUGGAAAUAAUGAGAACAAACUUCAAGCGUCUUUAAACGAAUGCCAUGUGACAGUGCCAAACCCAGUGAGCGGAGUCUGCGAUACCAACAAGGUAUCAGACGUGCAGAGAUACACAUCUGUGCUCAGCAACAACUACGACCCCAGCCAAGCUCUACCUUGGCCCGAGGAAGGAGUAGAAGAUGCCAAAUUAGACGCGGAUAAUGAAAUUACUCUGAGACAGGCGUGGCAAAGGUUCAUUGACCAAUCACGCCAUCGCAUCCACAGUCUGAGGAUCCACAAAGAGCACAAAGCAGCCAAGCAGCUGGGCUUCAUAAUUGCUGCUUUCUUAUUGUGUUGGAUACCGUACUUCAUAGCUUUCAUGGUCAUGGCCUUCUGCAGAGAGUGCGUCCACCAUGACCUGCACAUGUUCACCAUAUGGCUGGGUUACAUCAACUCUACUCUAAACCCUUUUAUAUACCCGCUCUGCAAUGGAAACUUUAAACGGGUCUUUAAAAAUAUUCUUAACAUUCCUUUGUGACUGUAAAUGAGCAGAACACAAUCACAGGUGUCUAAAUGUUGAGACAACAGCAGAAUUAGCAAAAAGAAAAAAUGUCUUAUCAAGCGUUGACCAAAAAAGUGUGCUUUUCCUUUUAUGUUCCGCAUUUUAUUUUCAUAAACACCAAUUCUUUGGACUCAAGCUGAAGAUAAUAUGUCAGUUUAAUGUUAUUUAUUUUGUUUAUGUUGCACUAAUAAUAAUAGUAAUUAUAAUAAUAAUAGACUAUGUCGCAGAAGAAUUCAAGCUUUGAUUUUUGCUAUAGCUGGAAUCAAGAAUUUGAAGGAAAAACUAUGUAAAAAUUUUAUUUUGAAAAAAAUUUUUUAAUUGGUUUUCUGUGCUAUGAAUAUACCAUAAGACACAUAAUGUGAAAUAUGAUUAAUAUGGUAAAAAAAGAACAAGGAGAAGAUUUUCUUUGAAAAUGACAACCACAUUGUGAGUCAUUCUCUUUCUUAUUAUUUAAACAGAAUACGAGACUUUAGAUGUAUCUUGGUGCUUGGUACUAGUGAUCGAGGAAGGGCUGAAUUAUGAUACCUACUGUCUUUAUUUUUUAUGUUUUUUUUAUUAAGAAUGACAACUCUAAACAAGCACAUUCAGUCACCUACACUAACUUAAAGAAAACCUCUGAUCUUGUUCUACCUGUUUGUGCUUUGUCAUCUAUUUCCUGCCAUUAAGUCGAAUAGGUUAAUAUAUGAGCAAAAACCUGAUUAUGAAGAUGAAACUACUACCAGAACAAACUAUUUGUCACAGUGUUCUUUGUGUGUUCUUUCAAACUGCAGAAAGGUUUUGUUUCUCUCCCUGAUGGGAAUAAGUUGCUUAUCUGUUAUAAGGUGUAGCACGUCGUUUCACGUCAUUAGCCAAAGAGUGUCGAAAAUGAUUCAAAAAUGCUGCAGCACACUAUAAAUCUGAGGCUUCUUUAAUGGAUUUGUGUCAAUUAAGUAUUUUGUAACAAAUGCAUUCAAGUGCAUCCAGGCUAUACACAGAGCUUCAUGGUGCAACUCUUUCUCCCGGUAACUCCUGUGUUAGCUAUGCUAGCAACUUCCUUGUAAAAAGAAAAUAAGGAUAAAUGGAAUUAAGGACAUUUCCUUACACUGUUACUUUUUGCACAGUGUCACUUCAGA